UGACAAGUAAAAUGACAGACGGUUGGGUCUCGCUCGCUUGAUGGAAGUUUUAUUGAUACUUUUAAGACGAUAUAAAUGACUUAUUAACGUCAUUAUUUCCGUUUUAAUCAGAUAACAAAGUGAAAAUGUGGUAUAUAAGUAGUAUUUAAGAAUAAUACGCACGUCUGUAACGUGUGUAUAGUGAUUCUAAGAUGUAUUUUCAUUACUCGGUAGGAGCCAUUUUUGGUAUAUUUAUUUUGUGUGUUCAUUGUGAUAAUGCUGGCGACAACGAAAUUAAGGAGAUUUACGUUCCGUCCGCUCCUCAGAACUUGACAGCAGAUAAUGUGACUUCGAAAGAGAUACAUCUUCUAUGGACCCCGCCUUCAACUUUCACAGUCCAUCCGGUGCCGAUACGAGAAGACACGACCGAAUCCGAUCCUGUUUCACCUCAGAAGGUUCGGUCACAAAACGACGGGCCGACCAAUGACGUCAUCAAUCCUGCUCCCGAAUCCGUAGCUUCAGAGAGGCUCAAAGAGCUAGAGUACCCCUACGAUAUGUAUAGAAACGAUAAAAACGAUGAUUAUUCGAAUUCCGGUAUAUUAAUGGACUCUUACAAGACCAAGAGGGAUCUUUGGUCUCAUCGACACAGAAAACGUUCUCAUGAUAACGUGACCGAAUCGAAGGCACCACAGCUGGAGCAGUACGAAUACUUUGAGGUCAAUCUGCAAAACGACGAACCAAUAGAAGUCGUUAAGAAAACGGUCCAUCCGAAACCGCACAAGGACAUGACACAAAUCGCGUAUAUACUUUAUUACGAGGUAGGCGUUCAGAAUUACGACUUCAAUGCAAGCGGUGUCCAGAAAUCGGCAGACGUCCGAAAGAACAACGUGUUCUUGAGCGAUCUUAUGAUGGAAGACAGUACGAAGCAUACGAGGAACCUGACGCUGUGGAAUAAAUCCGGGAUAGCGGCCAAAGUAGUAGCUUUCAACUUGAAGCAUUUGAAGCCGUUCACAGCUUACAAGAUUUGGGUCCGCGCCUUCUACAACACGUCGCCGUACCUCACGGUCCCGGAUUUGUCGACGCACCUCAGCCCAAGAUCGAAGCCGUUGUACGUCAUGACCGACGUGGAGCCUCCGUCCGAACCCAUCAUCUUGAAGUUGUCCUGCGAUAUGGAUAAAGGGUCACUCUACAUACAAUGGCGACAGCCCCUUUACUUCAACAACACGCUCAACCAAUACGUAGUGACCUUGAGGAAGAUACCGGAACACCACCCGAGGAAGACGGUCACUUUUCCGACCAGCAAAGAUGAUUUGGAAACGUUUUUUAGCGUCCCGGUUGAGCUCUGGAACAAUACUAGGUACGAAGUGAUCCUGUAUGCUGUCACGUUUUCUAUCGCUAAGGAAGGCUCGCUUGUGAUGGGGAAACCUUCGGCCGCUCAGGAGGUGUCGAGCGAAUCGUGUGUGGAGCGCGGCGGGGAGCAGGGGGCGGUGGGGGCAGCGGGGGCGGGCGCGGAAGUGGGGGACGCGCCGCAGGGGGACGCCAAGACCAAGGCCUUACUGGCCAUACUGCCUCUGGCGCUACUCGCCGCUGUCGGCCUGGCGUUGGUUUACUGUAGAUGCAGGUCUCGUCUGAGUAAGUGCAUAAGUGCGGCGUACAAUUACUUGGAGGAGGGAGGGGAGAGGGGUGCGAGAGCCCCACUAAACUCCUACAAGAAGCCCGUAGGUAUAGGCAUGGCGCCGGGGUCGGGCGGCUGUGCGGCGGCGGACGGGGGGCCGGCGGGGGGCCGCGGGGGUCCGCCCCCCCGCAUCGCCGGCACCCACCACCCCGCGCUCUCCGCCACCGCCUUCCCGAGACACGUCGCCGCGCUGCAUGCCGACGGAGAUAUUGGAUUUAGUAAAGAAUACGAAAUCGUUGUAUCGAGAUCGAACGCGUUAGGGCACACCAGCCACCACAGCCACCGCCCAGAGAACCGGCUGAAGAACCGCUACUUGAACAUCACUGCCUACGACCACUCCCGCGUGUGCGUGUCGGAGGGGGGGCGGUGCGGCGCGGCGGGGUGCGCGGGGGGCGGCGGUGCGGGCGCGCCCUGCGACUACGUCAACGCCAACUUCAUCGACGGCGUGCUGCCGCAGCUGGGGGCCGACCACCUCGCCAGGAUCAAAGCUAAACUCAGGAAGAGAGAUAAACCUGAUCGGCCGCCGUCAAUAAAACAAUCGAAGCCGCCUCCCCUGCUAGCGGAGGGCAUAGAGUCGGCGUUCCUCAACAUAGAGUUCAGCGGCAUCGUGGAGUCGGAGGACAGAGAGGACUACGACAGCGACAGGAGCGACGACUCCGAGCUGGACGACGUGUAUGUCGACAUCGAUGGCGUGCGCACUCGGAUAAAACUAGAAUGGGCGCUGUGGAAGCGUCGUUACAUCGCGACGCAGGGCCCCACGCCGGCAACACUCGACGCCUUCUGGAGAAUGAUCUGGCAACACCGGGUGCACACGCUGGUCAUGAUCACCAACUUGGUUGAAAGGGGGCGUCGCAAGUGCGACAUGUACUGGCCGGCGGGCGGGCGCGGCAGUGCGGCGCAGUUCGGGCCCGUGCGCGUCACGCUGCUGCACGAGGACGUGCGCGCCGCCUACACCGUGCGACACAUGAGCGUGCGCGUGCCCGACAGCGAGCCGUCCACCCCGGGCGGCGGGGGGGCGGAGCGCGCCGUGGUGCAGUACCACUACACGGUGUGGCCCGACCACGGCACCCCGCGCCACCCGCUCGCCGUGCUGCCCUUCGUGCGGGCCGCCUCCGCGCACCCCAGCACCGUGCUCGUGCACUGCAGCGCGGGCGUCGGUCGGACUGGUACAUACAUAGUACUGGACGCGCAGCUCAACCAGCUGAAGCUGACGGGAACCCUGUCGCCCCUCGGCUUCCUGUGCCGAGCGCGCACGCAGCGGAACCACCUCGUGCAGACGGAGGAGCAAUACGUGUUCGUGCACGACGCGCUGCUCGAGCACGUGCGCAGCGGGAACACGGAGGUCGAGUUCUCAAACACCCGCCAAUAUCUACUCAAGCUACUCGAAGACAUUACCGAAGAGGAACUAGCGGUUUUGGACCUUAAUCCUGGCAAGAAUAAGGUCGAGAAUGAAUCGCCGCCGACAAACGUAAUCGACGAGACUAAUAACGACACUGGCAGUCAGGAAUCUGUUCGAACAGUUGACUUGGAUAGUGAACCCAAGUCGUCGUCCGAGAGCGAGGAGAAAGAGAUAGUCAAUGGAGACGAGAAGGAGGGAGAAAGGGAGACGCGGGAGGGUGAAGGGGAGGGCGUGUAUGAUUUGGCGCCCAGAACCGGGGUGACUUAUGGAGACAAGAUGGCAGCCUACAAUAAUAUGUGUGAAGAGGAGAAAGAAGAAAUUCGAAGGGUGAACCGCGCCGAGAACUACGCUCUGCUGGAACGCAUGAGGGCCUUGGCCAACCGGCACUAUACCUUCCAGGGCCCAGCGCCUGUCAACCUCCUGGAGAAACAGUUCAUGCUGAUAACGCACGGGUGCGCGUGCGCGGGCGGCGGAGCGUGCGGGGGCGCGGGCGGCGGGGCGGGCGCGGCGCUGGGCCCGCACAACGCGCACAAGAACCGGCCGCGGGGCGCGCUGCCGGCCGACGCCGCGCGCGUGCUUCUGCUGCCCAAACCAGGAGUCGAAGGCAGCGAGUACGUGAACGCGUCGUGGGUGUGCGGGCGGCGCCGCCUGCGCGAGUACGCGGUGGCGCAGCACCCGCCCCCCGCGCCCGCCGCCCCCGCCGCGCCCGCCGACCUGCCGGACCAGGCCCAGCUGUGGCGCCUGCUGUGGGACCACACCGCGCAGCUCGUGCUAGUGCUGUCCGACACCACCGACCCGGAAUGUAAAGUGUUUUGGCCGACGGAAGAAGAGAAAGAGCUGUUCGUUGCGAAUUUCCGAGCGAGUUUCGUGUCGAAGGACACGCUCGUCGCGCGCCGGAAGGAGGAGCGACGGGGGGAACGGGGGGCGGAGCGGGAGGGGGAGCGGGGGGUGUCCGCCGACAGCCCGCCGCCGCCCAACGGCGAGGCGGAGGGCGGCGGGCGGCGGGACCCCGGCGACUGCGCGGACGACGAGCGGCUCAUCCCCGAGCGCGGCUCCCCGCUCAGCGACGCCGAGCCCGCCUACCGGUUCGACCGCGCCGACCUUCGCCUGGAGCGACUAAGCGGACACCGAGACCUCUCCGCCCGCAAGUCCAUAGCCAACGGCGACCUGUUCUCCUCCAUAUCCGAAAAGAAAAACGGACCCAAAUCGCCGAGAAGUCCUUCGAAGAUGUCCCUCAAGAACUUCAAAUUGAGUUCCCCGACAAAAUUCAAGUUUCCCGACUGGGGGACCAACAGGACGGCCGGCUCCCCCCCGGACACGGCGCCCCCGCCGCCCCCCGUGGCCCCCGCGCUGUCCGUCGAGGAGGAAGCGGAACUGCGGAGACCGUGCUACUAUUUCGAGAAAGUGGACAGUGUGCCGGAAGGCGUGCCGACGGAUAGAGUGAUCGAAGUGACCAAUGUGAGCGUGCAUUCGUUACAAGACGACUACCAGCUCAGUGUUAAGUUUAUACAGUGCAGCGGUUGGCUGGAGGGCGACACGACGCGGUACACGACCGGGAGGCCGGAGGACAACGAGUACAUCAGGGCCGUGAGGAGAGCGAGCAGUGACUGCGAGAGGGAGCAGGCGCUGGACCGGCUCGUGCAGCCCUACGAGGACUCCUUCGCGCUGCUGGAGUUCGUGGCCGGCUGCCAGAUGGAGUACAAGAACGGGCCGGUGGUCGUCGUAGACAAAUACGGAGGAUGGAAGGCGAUGACGUUCUGCAGUCUGUCGGCUGCGAGCGGGGGGGCGAGGGCCGCGGACGCCAACGACCCGUUCAGGCCGUUCCGUCCGCCCGCAGACGACACCGCCGACCUGUACUGCUGGUCGGCGCUGGCGGCCCACUCGCGGAUCCUGGCCCCCAUUCCGCCGAGCUCCCCCUGUGCGUCCCCGUCCUCGUCCCCUGGCUCCCCCGCGGUCCCCCCGCGCCCCACCGAGGCGAUCCCGCACACCCCCUCGGCGCUGUUAGCCGCGUACUGUGCGCUGGCAUCCUAUGGCCCGAGGUUACACGCACCGUCUAUUAGGUGAACCAGGUUCACGGAGUCGUCUCACGAAAAUUAAAGAAAGGUAUUUUAAUGAUUGGAAUACUCACCGCGUUGUGUAUGUCGCGUCAUACGAGCCGGCCAAAUUAAAGUGGCCGAUAUUCCCAGAACAGAUGUAUUAAGAGUUACUCAUAACGAUAGUCAACAUUAUUUAGUAGGAUUACAUUUGUAUUGUGAAGCUGCGUUGCGAGUUACGGCGGGCGUGUUCAUAAGAGUCAGCGUUUUUUAUUUAAUUUUUAUUUAUUUAAAAUAUCGACGGUCCUCAUGCGACCAGCUUUGUGCUAAGUAUAUACUACAUGUGAAUAGAUUUGUGUAUAUCGUUCUUAAGUGAUAGUAAAAAAAAAUGUAUGUAAUUUUUUAUGUGUAUUUAAGAUUUUUAAUUAUUCCGUAUUCCGUAUAAUUAGCGAAAUUAUCAAUUUGCAACUGUUAAAUCAAUGCUCAAAUUGAAUAAAAACAUACAAUAAUCAUCCCGCCGAAAUGAAUACUCUGCUAAAAUGUGUGAAUGUAAAAAAAAACAAAAAUAUUGAAACGCCCGCUGCAACUCGGACUGUACCAAUUCAAAGAAAAAAAAAACGUUCUAGAAUUCCGAUUCGAAAUUGUAUUAUGUAAUUAAUUUGAUUAUAUUGGAUCGAAUGCUCAAUACGCGUUUUAGUUGGAAUUGCGACUUUCGAUUGUCGGCUAUAAGAACUAUAUUUCAAUGAUCGUUCUUGGCAGUUCGUUUGUUUGGAAUAUAAGUUCGAAAGUCAAUACGUCGGCUUUGUAUAUUAUGUCAAGUGGUUGUGUGAUUACGUCGAAAGUACUAGAAGGAUUGUUACAUAGGUUAUUCCUUGCCUUACAUUUUGAUAAUGAGGCAGAUGUAGCAUUUUUUACAGGAUUAAAUAAAUAUAUAUGUUAAAGGCACUUUUAUAGUACCAUAGACUAUAAGCUAUGGUGACCAAUAAUAAUCAGAUGGGUCACAUUCUCAUGUCAUAGACCACUUCCUUCAUCCUCUAAUUAAUAUCGACAGUACAUUAGAAUAUUGUUCAGUUUAAAAAAAACGUUAUAACCAGCGAUAAACGUUCUUAUGUGUAUAGGAUCAAGACACAUUUUUGUAUUCGCAAAAUAUCAAAUGCGGUAAUGAUAUGAUUAUAAUUUAUAGUUUUUAAAUCGAGGCCAUAUUAACAGCAUUUAGUUAACCGUGCAAUACUUCAGUUAAAUAAGUACAUAAAUAUAUAAAUACACACACGUAUAUGUAUGUAUAUUUUAGUUUUUAUUUGUUUGUUUACCCAAACAGCUGAUGUAAAUUUUUGUUAUGACAUUUUGUCCAAAUUUUAAACUUUGAAUGGAUGUCCUGUGAAGUUGCAAAAAUGUCGCUUCGUUCAUACCGAUUUCAAUACGUACUGGUUUAAGUAAUAGGUUCAGAACCAAAAUUUCAUUCGUUCAAUGGAUUCAUUAAAAACUGACUGAUGGGAUAUCUUAGUAUUGGCCAGUCGAUGGCAGAUGAGCGCCAUCUCCUUCGUCCUGUAAUGACCAAGGAAUCCAAAUAUUUAACACUAUUUAAACUAAGCCCCGUUUCUCCUGUGUUUCCUUACAAGCCAUAUUUUCCGUCUGGGCUUUUUGGCGGGAACGCGAAUAGUGAAGUUGUGUGAUUUAUUUUAUUUUGUCUAUUUAGUGUUUCUUCUUCAGGUUUAAAUAUGUAAUAACGGUGGUUUAUUAACUGUUUAAUAUCUGUGAAAGUGCACAAAUGCGAGAAAAUGUAACAAAGCCGUUGGACGUAACUUCUCGGGAUCCUCCAAAAAGUCCACUGAAAAAAUCUCAGUAAAUGACCACCAUUUUACUGAGAUGAUAUUUCGACCCAUAUAAUCUCAACUCAUAUCAUUUAAUUUCAUCCCAGUUGAUUAAUGUUUCAAAUUAAUCAUCUUCUGAAAUGAAUUUAUCCGCUCCAUAUUAUCAUUUUCCAUAAAACUAAGAAUUUAAAUGAAAUAAGACGCGACCUAAAGGUCUUAGUUACCAGGUCAUAAAAUCCCUUGAAAAAAGAAAAUUUUGCGUCUAAAGUCUGAUAUUAGUGUUUGUUCCAUCAGAAUGGCGGUAGGUUUGUAUGCCCAACUUAAAAAAAAAGUGAUUCAUACAAUAUAAACAGAACAUUUAACCAAUCCAAUCGUUUCAAUUGAAUGUAUGUCUUAAAACUCGGUGAUAAGAAUCAAAUUUGACUAAAUUAUAUUUAAAGAAAUGUAUAUACAUAGUUAAAUAUACUCGUUUGUAUUAUAUAAUGUAAAGUUUGCUUCGUAUGCAAAGGAAAAUCGACCUAAAAGUUAUCAUAAGCGUAAAGUGCAAAUUUCACACGAUGUUGUUGAUAAAACAAAUUUCCUAUAAUUAAAUUGGUCCAGUAUUGUAGAGUUGUUAAUGUGAUUUGUGCACGCGGAGACUGCUUGUUAGAUGGUCUGUCAAUUACGAAGGUUGCCGGUUCGAUGCCGACUGUGGCAUGUAGUUAGGUUUCGCUGUAUCGUGCUAUAAGGAUAGUGUGUUCGAUAAGUGUGUAGGUACCUAUGUGAAGUAUAUUAAAAUAUUUAAAAUGUGUUUUUUUACAAAUUUUUUUUUCAAAAUCGGUUAGUGAAUUAUUUUUGGGUGAAUGUGUCGAGGUAAAUUGCUAAAAGAAUGUAUAUAUCCGUGCCUGUUUAUUUAAGGUGAAUAUUUUUCGAUACCAAAUUUAAGAAAAAAAAUCCUUUAAGUUCAAUAAUGUUCAUUAAAAACUUAUUAUGACUUACGUAAGCGUCACUCGACAUUUUCACUUAUAAAAAUGUAUAGUGAGCUAGUAUAGAGCGGGCUGUGUUCGGACUGGAAACUUUUUAACGCGUAACUAGAAAAGAUCAUAAUAUACUUUCUCAAUCUAUUGAUCUAAAUAAUAAUUUAUAAUCAAACUAAUCAAUUUCCUCAAUUAAAAAGCGUUAAAAUAAAAUUAAUAUGAAGAAUAUUCUGAACGUAUUUUUUUAUAAUAAUAAUAAUUGAAAACGUAUAGGAAUAUGUAGUGGUUAACUAUUGUAGGAUAGAAGGAAAGCAAAAACAUGACGUGUUUAUGUUGAUUUCAAAUAAGGAUUGAUGUCUUUUCUCAAGUGGUGGAAGGACCUCUUGAGAGUCCGCGCGGGUAGGUAUCACCACCCUGCUUAUUUCUGCCGUGAAGCAGUAAUGCGUUUCGGUUUGAAGGGUGGGGCAGCCGUUGUAACAAUACCUGAGACCUUAGAACUUAUGUCUCAAGGUGGGUGGCGCAUUUACGUAGAUGUCUAUGGGCUCCAGUAACCCCUUAACACCAGGUGGGCUGUGAGGUCGUUCACCUAUCUAAGCCAUAAAAAAAAAUCAAUCGGGCUGCCGGUUCAAUAAGCAAUGAUACUCGCUCGAUAGAACUUUCCUGUCGUUCCGCCAACAAUCAAUUUAAACUUCCUUAACAUCGCCUAUCCCUUGCGCCUCCCCUAGUCUACGAUUUUCUUCGAAACAGAUAGCCAUUUAUAAGUAGAAUUUCAUUAAAUAUGCAAACGAAUUAGACGACUCGAUAAAUCGGUGUUCAAUAUCUCGAACCGGAAUAAUACACCCUGUAUUAAUUCUCGGGAACGGUCAAAAACACCCUGUAUAGUUAGCUGUCUUUUCUGUUUAAAACGCGAAACGUGAAUUUGCGUGAAUUGUAUUUUUUUUUUAAUUUAGUGUUUCACGGAAGAAAUAGUCAGGGUGGUGGUACCUACCCGAGCGGGCUCACAAGAAGUCCUGCCACCAGUAAUUACGAUAAAAGCUGCAGGUUUAAUUUUUAUUGCAUCAUAUUAUACCUUCACAGUGGAAGUUAAUCGGGAACAUUUGUUAAGGACGUAAUUCAUUAGAAAAAUUGGUACCAGCCUGUGGGAUUCAAACACCGACACAGUCGCAUCGCUACAUACGAGCAUUCUGACCGUCUUAUCCAGCAGUCUUACAGUUUAAAAUAGGAUAGAAAUUAUAAACCUUGCUUUUGUUUCUUGUAGGCCGUAUCGAUGCGUUCCUAGGAAUGUUCACCAACGUAUUUCAAUGUAUCAGCCAUAUAGUCUGUAAAUAAAUCGUCUCUGCAUUCAGACUCUUUCUUGUUCCAUACAAAAGCUUAACCUACUGAAACACGUAAUACCCGGGUAAAUUUAGCAUUUCUGACACAUAUAUUUCUCAUUGAUCGUGUAUUAUUUGCAAAAUUAUUGUUGGUGGACCGGAGAGCGACAGGCAAGUUUUCAUUUCGAGAAAUAAACACGUAAGUCAAAUGCAGUCUGAAAAGUAAAUUUGAUCGUUUUGCUGUAAAACAUAGAGUAGUAUUUCCUUUGGAACUCAACCGAAUUAUUGUAUUACCAGUCCAAUUUGAUAUACUUAUUAUAGGAUAGGGUUUCCUAGCGAACGGCCCGCUCAGGAUGGAAACAACCAAAGAUAUGAAUGUACAUAGGAUUUGUUAUUUCGGCGUAUGCACGUCCGCGACCCUAUCGUAUAAGUUCGUUAUCUAUUACCUGAGAAAAAAUAUCGUUAUUUACCGCUAUUUAUUGUAUUCAUAGUUAUUUACCUGAGAAAAGUGAACUGUUGUCUUAAGAACUCAAAGGCCAGUGUAACUUUUGUAGUUUCCUCAAUUCGUUGAUAUGUUUAACGGCUUAGUCUAGCUUAGUUAAUUAUUGUAGUAAUAUGGGAUAUAUCGAAUAUGUUUGUAUGUAGUUUCCAGAUCGUAUAUUGAUCCUUUUUUCUCCGUUGAAAAUUCUACUUUUCUUGUCUUUCUUUAAACUAUUGCUGCACCUCGGAAAUUUCCGAAUAAUUCCGAAGUCUGGUAUUUCAGUGAAACUAUUAUAUUUUCGGGCAGUUUCAUGUCCAAUCUUCUUUUCAAUGUCCUUCCUAUGUUUCUGUUAAGCAGAAUUGAAUUACGCUUUGUCGUUGUCGUGCAUACGCCAAAACAAAUAAGAGUAGUUUUAGAAAAUCGUGUCGUUGUGAACUAUAAGGUCGUAUGUUUGAUUUUGAAACUUAACUAUACCUUAUUUGUUUUUUAUGAUUCUACUAAAUACUCUAUUUCAACUUAUUGUACUCAUUUUAAUAAUUUCAUAAUUAUUUCAUUUAAUUUAUAAAUUAAUUGAAGUAAUUAACGUUAUCGCGCAUCGGAAGACAGUGUGGUUAGAACUCCUAUAAGGUAGAGCUGGGAUCGCGCUUAUUGAUCGCUGGAAUCCGCUGGCUGUGGGCAGCGCAGGAUCACUCAUUGUGGCGAACCUUGUAGGAGAUCCAUAGCCAGCAGGGGACGUCUAUAGGCUGGCUGAUAUUGACGUUUUGGUUACACGAUACCGAUCCCUUAUUUAUAAUCGAUAUUUUCCACAAACUAGCCGAAUUCGUUGGUAAUUAAUCGAAGCUCAUUACUCAUCGUCAUACUUUCUGAAGUUACAUAAUACGGAUUCGUAUUUUAAUGCAACAUAAUUUUUCGUUACAAGCAAAUAGAGACUCAAAUACUUUGUCAACGUGUCGCACAUACGAUCUUACGGUUAUGGACUUGUAUGUCAUUUCUCGUGUUCUUACGUUCUCCAUAGGUAUAAGGAUGUGAAUGUAAUUUGUUAUUGCAUCGUUUCUAUAAGACAUUCGCCUCUCGAAUAUCGAGAAAGUCUAAGUACUGUUAUGAUUUUGAUACCACAAAAGUAUUUUCGGGUCAUCAUCGUAACGCGCUCGGUUUCCGAAUCGUUCAAACGGACGAGGGUAAGCGGAGUGCGCGGGGGGAGGUGUAGUGAUCGGACGAGGGUAAGCGGAGUGCGCGGGGGGAGGUGUAGUGAUCGGACUGUCAACAUAAGAUAAGGUUUUUUUUUACGGUGUACUUAUAAAAUUGAUACUUGGACUUCACGUUUCAAAAUGGACCGUGCUAUUCGCAAUGUGAUACUUGUCGGCCCCAAUAACCGCUUUACGCUUUGGUUGGGCCAUGAACUCACACACAUAUAAACAUUUCAUAAAAUCCUUAAAAAAACGCCAUUAUAUUGGAUCGUUUACGUAACCAAAGUAUUUACAAUAAAAAAUUUCGGGACACCAUCGCGAACGAAAUCGUGCGAAAACAUGAAUAUACAAACUGAUAUUUAACCUUAUCGGCUCAAAUACUUUAUAUUAUUUUAUUAUUGAGCUUACUUGAACAUAAAGAUAUACCUCUGGAAUCGUGUAGUAAUUGAUAAAAUGUGUUUAAAUCAAAUAUGAAAGUAAUAUUUUUGUUAUCGAAAUGAAGCCAGCCAUAUUAAUGUGUAAGUAUAUGUAUUUUAGAUGUAGCGCUGGAUUAUGGAGGGUAGAAGUAAGAAGUAGCAUCUCAAUGUAUAAAAAAAUUAUAUAAUCUUAGUUAUAUAAUUUUUUUUAUUUUUGUUGUUAAUGCACUGUCGAUAUCACCUAUAAUUGAGGUGACAUCUGCCAUGAACUUUUGUCAAUUUGUCAAUGUUUUCUAUAAAUGAUCACGGUGCAACUUAAUAAAUAAAUAAAUAAAAAGUGUCCGCUAAAAGGGACACCCAAUUGAGAUGGCGCCUCAGUAGCCAGUGGAAAGAUUUAAACUACCACACUUCACUCUGUUAAAACUGCUAUGUUCAUAUUAUUUCUAUUUCCUACCCUAGUGUUUUUCGUCGGUGAGUUACUACUAAUGAACACUUUUUCUACUUCUCCCCUAUACAAGAUGGUGCUCCUUACCUCUAUCCUCAAUACGCUGGAUUUAUAGUUCGUAUUUCGACUGACAUUGACGUAACUAACUGACGUAACUAACUGUCAAAUGUAUUAUGUAGAUCCAUGGAGUUAAUAAGUACCUACAACUGGAGUGCUGUCUAAUGCCGAGAAAUCGGUCUCGAAAGAGAAUACUUUUUGGUCGCGGUGUCCUUGUCUAAUGUGGUGACCAUAUAUAAUUUAAUUAUAGGACAAAAUUAUACACAUGCAUAAGUUUUGAAUUUACCUUAAGUAAUUCUGUGUAACCCUAUGUAAAUACAAAACACGUGCUUGCAACCUUUUAUUUAUGUAAAUUCAAUUCUAAACAUUGCUUCGUCGUCAUGGUGACUUUUUCGACGGUUUUUUUUGGAAAUUGCUGCGUUGUCGAAAAUCUAGCACUGAGUUUUAUUACAAACAUCAUUACCUCAGUUCUAUUACUUAAACUUCCUCAAACUCGUGUUUAACGUCCGAAUACUCAACCGCGACUUAAAUAAUAUAUUAUGUUGAACUUAAUUACGCAAUUCCUACUUUAAUGUACUGGCUAAGUGGGCCGUGCAAAUUAAUAUUUGACACACUGAGUGAGACACUGCAACACACAUGGUCUGCGCGUAUCGGGUGCUCUUUUCCUACAUUCACAUCUUCAAUUGAUUUAAAAUUGUUUGUAUUUUUACUUCUGUGCUAUUUUAAUGACACGUGUAUAUUAAGUCUACUAGUUACAUUUUAGGAAAUAAAACACAAUGGGUAAUAAAAUGAAAUGAACUGAAAUUCAUUUAUUUGUUAUAUGUAGACAAUUAAAUAACUCUUAAAUGACAAGUCAAUACACAUAACACGAUACACAUAGUACUUGAUCUCUAUUUACAAAAUAUUGGUUAUACAUAUUAUUAUUAUUAAGUUCAGUUAAUUUUCUGUAGUCUUAUAAUAUAACAUUUCCUCUAUUUUAAGUAAAUUCUUUUUUUUCAACGAAAUACAUAAUUUAUUUUAAUCAAUAUCUAAGUGGACCAUGAGUAUCAUUAAAAUUUCGCAAUUUAAAUUUCAAUUCAAUUAAAAAUCGCCAUUUUUCUUUAAUAAAUCUAAAAUCGACUUUAUAUUUACAAUCACUAUUUCGCGACUUUUAAGUUUUUGUUUCAAUACCUUAACAUCUUGUCGUAAUUUUGCUUUUCUCGGGGUAUUUUUUAUUUCUUGCGUUUGAGUACUUGAUUCUUCUUGUUUGACCUUUAUAUAGGACAUUUUCCAGAAAUUCCAACGUCAUAUUUACUAGAAGAUCCUACUCGUUCGCUUAACGUCAGGCAAAUGAUAUACAUGCUUCCGUGCGACGCUAUUCAAUACAAUAAAAAAAGUUCAAAAAAUACCACGUGAUGGCUCUUAUAAAAUGAAAAAUACAUUGCAAAAUUAUAGUUUUCACGAUUGUUUUUUCAAAUUUAGUAUAUGACAUAGAUUAAGUACAAUUUACAAGACAAAUGGUAUUAAAUAUUAUAAUGAGAAAAAAUAUCUCACAUUUUAAAAAUAUAUGCUCACACUAGUAAAAAUUUAUCAAUGAAUCUGACAUAUGGAAGGAUAUUCCACAAACUGGAGACGAUUCUCGCUUAAAACCACUUACAUUAAAAGUGUUCACCAUGAUUACACGGAAACUUUCACGAUUUUCGAAAAAAAAACAAGCCACAAGCUGUAUCAGUGCCAUUUUAACUUCGCACUACAAACGUAAAUAGACGCCAUUUUUCUUUUAAUCCAUUCAUAGCUCUUUUUCGGUGAUGCCAACAAUUAAUCUGGCUUCCCACCAAAUUCAACAUGAAAACCAUCAGAAAUCUACGUACCUACCAUUAAAUUUUCCAUUAAACAGAGUUCUUAUUAACAUAGAACAAUAAUUUUUUUGUUAAUAAGCUUUAUUAAUAUAUGAUGUUCUAUUAAAAAUCAAUAUAUAUCAUAUAAUCAAUACUUCUUAUAUAAUUUAUUUUAAUAAAUUGUCAUCAUCAGAAACUAAUUUCACCAUAACUUUGUACGUUUAUUUUGAACCAAUUUAAUUUUUGACGUUGAUGGAAAUUCUAAAUUCUCGCAACAUUUUCUAGUUAAGUUUAAGUCACUUCGUUUAAAUAAUAUGUAUUUAGAUAUAUUAUUGUCAUAAAAUGUUUAAAAUCCUGUAAAGUGGAUUGAUUUUAAACUUUUCGAUAAUUUUCAACAACACCCAAGCUACUAAAAAAUCCACUAACCACUAAAAGCCAUUUUUGAUAACGAAGACGGGGUCCAAAUUCCGAGAUUUUAUGGAAAAUCCUCUAAGCUAGCAACACUGCUUUUUGUUUGUAAAAUGUGCGAGAGGGACACCACCACUUAAUAAUCAUUCUCUUUUCAGACCGUUUUUCCUUACAUCUUUUGCUAUUUAAAAAUAAACUUUAAGCCAUAGAGAUAAAGUAUAUUUUUAGUUUUUAUGUCAAACGAAGUAAGCACUCCAGUUAGAAUAGUAACUCUAUGUGUAGAUCUAUGUCUGUCUCAUUAUCGAGUAGUUUUUUUUAUUUUUUAUUUUAGACGAUGAAUUGCAAAUGUUAGUCAAAAUACGACUUAUAGAUUUUGUAUUCGAUGUUCCGUGUUGUACGCCAGAUUUAAAUACAUAAUAUUUAUGUUAAUUUCGAUUAUGUGUAUAUUUAUUUCUGUGGAUCUUAAACUGUAAAAACAAAAGUGUGCAUAGUUUUGCAAAUUUCAAGUUAAAAAAAUUUGCAAAACUGUCAAUCGAAAUAGUAUGGCUUUAGUGAUCAGGGAUGGGCCUGGUUUUUUUUAUUACCGUGUCCUAAAUAUAGUCUAUGGUCCUAAAUAUAGACUUUAUGUAGUCUAUGGUUAAAUAGGAUAAAAUACCAUAAAUAUUAAUUUGUGUGCAAUCUGUGCACGCGCCAAUGUGUUUUUUAAUAUUACCGCCUUUUAAAUGUACUGUGCCAAUAUAUUAAUACUUCCUCGUUAUAUGAUUCUUCGCAUUCCAGUUUUUUUUUUAAAUUAGCAUUACAAUUUUACACAACAGACUGAUAUUACGGAUACUUUUUUUUUUUGUUAUUUUGAAAAUCAAAUUACUCACUUUUAUCAUUUAUAAUUAAUAUUUCUCACAACAUAUUUUUAUACAUACGUUUUGUAAGUCGUAGAUAAUUUACAAAGUUUGAUUAUAAAGCUUUCUGUUAAUCUCGCAUUAUGAACUUUGCAUGUAUUAAAGUUUAAACAGGAUGUAAAAUGAUAAAUUAAUUCCAAAAAAUAAAAGGUAUUUUUAGUAAAAAAAAUUUUUUACUAGAAAUAGCAUAUAACGUACGGGUUUUAGUCGUCCAUUGUAAUUUAUCUACUAUUACAAUACAACAUAAAGCACAAAAUGAUGUUAUAACUUUUGUACGCACACUAAAAAGUAAUAUAUAAAACAUUUACUACAUUUUCUACACAACGAUUGACACGUUUUCGUCAUAGAAGAUGUGAAUUUUAUUAUCAAUAACAUGUUAAUUGACAUGACGGUUAAGAUAUUAGUUUUGGUCGAAGAACAUGUUAAGUUUUCUGUGUCGGUAUCCUUCCGCGUCUGUGACGUGGCGUAUCUACUAAUAGAUUAAGUAGGUACAUUGGGAGUAUCAAUUCGAAUUUCAUUACAAUCAACAUGCUUAUUGAAAGUUAAAAUUAAUUCUAUGACUGGUUAUAUGAAAACCAAAUAACCGUAGUCUUAAGAAGUUCGUGCUGUUAAACUUAUUGGGUUUAAAAAUAACUUCAUCAAAAGUUGACUCUUCGCGCUCGUGAGAUACUUCCAACCCUCAGCGGGUCGCGAUUCCGAUCCGGUAGUAGAUUCAUUCACCUAACAGCUGCUCGUGAGCUGUUAGGUCUCCUUUGAAGGCGCCCGGGCAGCUAAUUCCACCCCUCCUGGCUGCGCCUUUGCUCGCCCAGCUGUCCUGGUAAAAUUGGAAAGGCCUCCGGGCCACCAGUAAUCCUUCAAUCAUAAAAAAAACUGCCAACCGUUGACAGACGCGGCGAGGACUGCACGAGAAGAGCUGGUGAUCGUGCUCAGUGACGAGUAUUUGAAGACGAUUGUCCAUAAGUGGGACUGUACAGCAUUGAGGCUACCCGGCAGUGGGACUUUCCAGCAUUGAGACUGUCCAGCAGUGGGACUGCCUAGCAUUGGAACUGUUGUACAGUGGGACUGUCCAAAAGUGGGACAGUUGCUCAUGGCUGUUGAUUAUGAUGACCGACUUCAAGAGUGACCAAGCUGGACCCAACCGACAUUCAAUAUAAACAUUAACGUGUCACAAACGCCAUUCUUAAUUCACGAUUGACUACGAGCAUUAACCGAAACUGAUGUCUUAACAGCGUUCUAAAAAAAAAAAACCAAAAUCAUUUUUUACUACAUUUGUAUCGUGGCUUCGUUAAUUUUACCCUACUGUACAGUAAUAUAUGCGUAUGUAAUGUGAUAAUUUUUACAUCACAAACUACGAAUGAAUCCGAUGAUUUAUUAUACUAUUUAUUUCUUAUUAUGUAACCGCCUGUAUUAUUUGAAAAAAAAAAAUUAUGUAAAAAUGUAUAACUAUAAAUAUUG